UUUUUUAUAAAAUUGUAAGAGGAGGGAGUGGGUGGGUGUGGAAAACCCUAAGGAAGAUGGAAGGCCAAGAAAGGGGGAAGAAAAGAGGCGUGCGAUUUUGCUGCCUAUGCAACCAACGAAGAGCUUCCUUCAAGAGACCCAAAACGCUACAACACAUUUGCAGGGACUGCUUCUACGACGUCUUCGAGGACGAGAUUCACCAAGUCAUAGUUCAGAAUAAGCUGUUUAUUCCCGGAGAGCGCGUCGCAAUCGGUGCUUCUGGCGGCAAGGAUUCCACGGUGCUGGCUUACGUGUUGUCGAAACUGAACCACGUGCACAAUUACGGUCUGCAUCUGUUUCUGUUAUCGGUGGACGAGGGCAUCACCGGCUACCGCGACGACUCCCUGGAAACUGUUCAUCGGAACCAAAUUCAGUACGGACUGCCUCUGAAAGUGGUGUCUUACAAGGAUUUGUAUGGAUGGACGAUGGAUGAGAUCGUGAAAUUGAUUGGUUUGAAGAACAACUGCACCUUCUGCGGCGUGUUCCGUCGGCAGGCCCUGGAUCGAGGUGCUGCUUUGCUCAAAGUAGAUAAAGUGGUUACUGGUCACAAUGCAGAUGAUAUUGCAGAGACUGUUCUCCUGAAUCUGUUGAGAGGAGACGUUGCUAGAUUGAGUAGAUGCACCUCUAUCACCACUGGUGAGGAUGGCCCCAUUCCCAGAUGCAAGCCUUUUAAGUAUACCUACGAGAAGGAGAUUGUUAUGUAUGCUUAUUUCAAGAGGCUCGACUACUUUUCCACAGAAUGCAUUUAUUCUCCGAAUGCAUACCGAGGUUUUGCUCGCGAGUUCAUCAAGGAUUUGGAGAGAAUCAGGCCUAGGGCGAUUCUUGACAUAAUAAAAUCAGGGGAGAAUUUCAGGAUAUCAACGACAACUAAAAUGCCGGAGCAGGGAACGUGUGAACGGUGCGGUUAUAUUUCUAGCCAGAAAUGGUGUAAAGCUUGUGUUCUACUUGACGGGUUGAAUAGAGGUUUGCCCAAACUUGGAAUUGGACGGAGUCGUGGCAGUGUUGCUUUUAAUAACGCAAAUGAUAGUGAUGGAGCAAAGGCCAUCCACACCAAACAAUCAGCAACUUUAGACUUCUGAUGCAAGAUGGUUUCUGUCUCUGUACUGUACCAUUCAUUAAUCAAAAGUAGCUGCAGUUGUUUACAGUGACCCAAGUUUAAGAUAGACAUACUUAACCCGGGAACUCACGUAUCUUCACUGUAAAUGAGGCUUUAUGUUCCUCAAAUUACAUGAUAGUUGAACGGAAUUUAUACAAUAUUCAAUUUAUAGUUCGUUUACCUUCUUUAAAUAUGACUUAAAUUUAACUGCCAAUGGAAUAAUAAAGCUUUUGUAGCCAAAAAAGAACUGAUAAGUUUCAGAAAAU